CGGCUGCGGCCUGACAGCGCGGCCGCUUCGAGGGCGCGGAAAGCGAUCGGGGUGGGAGCGGGCGCUGGGAAAGCCGGCGGGAGAGAAGGGCGGCGCUGGAGGAGGGCGGCGCGUGGCUGACUCAUCCCCCUGGAAAGGCAGAUCGACAGACAAACCCCGCUGAGCCCGCCUGCCCGCGCCGCUCCUGCUCAGCGCGGGAGGCGCCCGCCCGCACCGCCCGCCCCUCCUCCCAGCCCGAUCGCCUCGCACAAAGUUUGUCUCAUCAGAGGGACCGGAGCCGCCGCGGGCCUUUGGGAAGGGAUCGGGGACGGAAGAGGACGCGAGAGCCGUGCGGGCCCGGGGAGUGCAUGGUGCCCGGCGCCGCGGCUGCCCAUCUGGAGGACAUCGGGGCGGGGUCGGCGGAGCCCAGCUCCUUCUAGCCUCAGCCUCGCCCGAGAUCGCCCUCCCGGACUGCCGCGGGGGUCCCCGCGCCCCAGCCCGCCAUGUCCCGGCUGCUACCGCUGCUGCGGAGCCGGACCGCGCGCACCCUGAGGCCGGGCCCGGCCGCCGCCGCCGCCGCGCCCCGCCUGCCGUCCUGGUGCGGCUGCGGGCGGGGGCUGCUGGCGAUCGCGUUCCCCGGAGGCUCCCCCGGCGGCCCCCGGGGGCUGGGCACGCACCCCAAGGAGCCCAUGGAGGCGCUGAACACGGCGCAGGGCGCGCGCGACUUCAUCUACAGCCUGCACUCCACCGAGAGGAGCUGCCUGCUCAAGGAGCUGCACCGCUUCGAGUCCAUUGCCAUCGCCCAAGCAUGCAGAUUUCCCAAACCUGAGGUAGCCAUUAUGAAGACGGCGAAGAAGGUAUCAUCAGCAGAGACCCCUGAUAGUUUUGAAAAAUUGGAAGCUGCGCCACCCACCCCAGAACAGCUGAGAUACGUAUUCAUCCACAAUGCGAUACCUUUCGUAGGGUUUGGCUUUUUGGAUAAUGCAAUUAUGAUUGUUGCAGGAACCCAUAUUGAGAUGUCUAUUGGAAUUAUUUUGGGAAUUUCAACUAUGGCAGCUGCUGCUUUGGGAAAUCUUGUGUCAGAUUUAGCUGGUCUUGGACUUGCAGGCUACGUCGAAGCUUUGGCUGCCAGGUUAGGCCUGUCAAUUCCUGAUCUCACACCAAAGCAGGUUGACAUGUGGCAAACACGUGUUAGUACACAUUUGGGCAAAGCUGUUGGGGUGACUAUUGGCUGCAUUCUAGGAAUGUUUCCUUUGAUUUUCUUGGGAGUAGGUGAAGAAGAUGAAAAACUGGAAAAGAAAAAUUAACCCUCGUAGAGUACCUAUAAAAGAUGUAAACUAAUGUACCUCAAUGAUUAAAUAUGCUGUCACAACAUUUAGGAAUUAAGACAGUAACAGUGUAUAGAUAUGGGAUCAAAUAAUUCAGCAUGUAUUAUGGAAAACACUAACUUAUUGUGGCUUGGUUUUCUUAGGACAUCUUUUUAAAAAAACUGUUUAGUAUCAUUUUGUGUAAAUUGUUGAAGUGCUUUUUCAUCAACGGCAGUCAACAUUUUAUCUUUUCCUUCUCUUUCUUUAUAUAUCCAGAUAUCAUUUAUCAGUCAUUGAUGUAUUGUACUGACUUGGGGUUUGCUUAUUUGUUACGUAAUAUGUAUAUGCAUGAAAACAUUUUCUGUUGUUGUGUUCCCUAUAGUUACAAUUCAACCUUAAGAUUUUUCCAAAUUACAUAAGAUGUUUGUUGUCAGUUGAAGAUUUUUUACUCGCUUUCUGGCAACAUCAAUUUUGUACUGUUUCACAGAAAACAUUCAUAAUCAUAUAAUUUCAGUCACUUUUAUUUACUCCCACAUCUAUUCAAAACAGAUGCAGACUUUAAGUAUUUUAAGUUUCUGUUACUCAUUUUAAUUUCUUGUCUCAAGUGCCAGAGGUCAAUCAGAAUGAGCAGUUAUGUGGUCUUCGUACUACAUAAAACCAUAUAUCUUUUUUAAAAAAAAUAUAUUCCAUUGAUCUUCCACAGAGAGGAAGGGAGAGGGACAGAGAGUCAGAAACAUCGACGAGAGAGAAACAUCGAUCAGCUGCCUCCUGCACACCCCCCACUGGGGAUGUGCCCGCAACCAAGGUACAUGCCCUUAACCGGACUCAAACCUGGGACCCUUCAGUCUGCAGACUGAUGCUCUAUCCACUAAGCCAAACCGGUUAGGGCAACCAUAUAUCUUAAGUAUAUUAUUUCGAAUGGAUUGUUUUACUUUUAAUUUCUCAAUUUUGCAUCAUUACAUGGUGAUUUUUGACUAAUGAGAGGAAGAAAAUUAUUAUUGUGGGUUCUUUUCAAUGGUGAUUAUGGAAUUAUUAGAGUGAACUAAGGGGUUUGACAUGACACUUGAAAAUUAAGAGGCUAAACAAAUUUUUUUAGAGAAAUAGAAAUGGGAACUGUCAAGAAGGUUUAUGGGAUAAGUGGUGAAGUUGAAAGGAUGUUUGUAAGGUUAAUGAGAUACAAAUUAUAUUGUACAGGAAGGAUUUGUUCCCUCCAAAAUGUCUUUUGAUCUGAAUUAAAUGAGUCUGAGUACUUCCUAUUCAUAAUCCUGAUGUUAUAUCUUGUUUAGUGAAUUUUACUUCUGGAUAACUUCUUUUGAGGUGAAAAAUAUUAUAUAUAUACACACACAUAUAUAUAUAUAUGUAUGUAUAUGUAUAUUUUAAAAUUUAUUUUAGAGAGGAAGGGAAAGGGAGAGAGAGAUAAAAACAUCAAUAUUGAGAGAGAAUCUUUGAUCGCUGACUCCUGAAUGCCCCCCUACUGGGGAUCAAGCCGCAACGCUGGGCAUGUGCUGUGACUGGGAAUCAAACCAUGACCUCCUGCUUCACAGGUCGAUGCUCAACCAGUGCGCUACACUGGUAAGGCAAAAAUAUUUUAUAUUUUACUCUUUGCUACAUAUAGUCUAAUAGUCAAAAGUUACAUGAGUUAAAAUCUUUUUUUUUUCUUUUUGGUCUUUUUUUCUUCUUUCGUGGUAUUUAAAUCAGAUUCUAGGUUGAAGUUAUUUAUUCCAAUCUUGUAUAUCUGACUUAAGUAUAACCGUGUAGGAAUCAUAAAUUUUAAUUUUAUGAACCCUUAAAUUUUGUUAGCAUGUGGCCUGUUACCCAUGCUAAAAAAAAAAACACAUUAUGGAGUAGAAAAACUGAAAUUAAAAUUACUAUUUGGGUUGCUGAAAUUAUUAAAGUUGGUAAAUAGAUGCAAAAAAAGGGAAACUUAUAAGAUGGCUGUAUUUACAGCUAUAACUUAUUUUAAAAGUUUAUUUGCAAAUUUUAACUUUCAGCUCUUUUUACAAAGGAACUGAUUUUCCCCACAAGGCAAUUUACCAUAAAUCCGCUUCCGUGCACUUCAAAAUAAUUUAGUGCUAUCCCUUAAUCAUAGAUUUUAGAAGGAAAAACAUAAAUCAAACAAUGAAAAGAUAAACAUAUACCAUUCUUAUUAUGUACAAAUAGUAUGACAGUCUCAUUUGAUCAAAUUAGAAUAGAACUUGAUAUCUUAAACAGAGUUGUGGUUUGUAUCUUUCACAUAGUACUAUACACACACCAAAAAAAUUUUUUUUAUUACUUCAGGAGAGAGGAUUAGAGUGCUUAUUAAAAAUUUUUUUUGCUAAAUAUUUAUGUGCUUUUGUCCCUAACUUGUAUAUCGCCAGUCCUUUCUGUUUUCUAAAAAAGCAUAUUAUUGUGGUGCUUAAAUUUUUUCUUUAUUAAUUAAAUCCCAUAUCCAGAAACUGCCUGUGAGUUUAGAAAGGGCUUUUGAUUACUGUUGUGUGUUUUUCUUCCUGUUGAAAAUAAUCUAGUCCUACAGAAUCUUUCAGUUUAGCUGAACAUCUGCAAAGUUAUUUAAGGUGUCAAAACAUGUAACAUAAAAUCUUCAUAUUGAAAGACAUUUUAAUUUAUGGACACAGUAAAAAUUUGCAUCAUUCAGGUAAUUAAUUAAUUUUCAAAAAAUGGCACCCUUUUGUCCUUAACCUAAGAUACACAUUUUUCCAAGAUCUUUGUGUUCUGCACAAAAUGAUUUCUGAGAAAUGGUUCACUUUAAGAUAAUUACUUUAUGUAACUAUUAUUUUAUGUUGCUUGUUACCAAGAACCUUAUUUCAGAUUGAAACUGGAAUUCUUAUUUCUCAUAUUAGUUAUUUCUUUAUUGAGAGCACCAUAACUGUGGUUAAAUGCAACAUGAGCUACUUUCUAGUACUGUCUGUUUAAAAUUCAUGUUGUCCAUGUAUGAUGAUUUAUUGACUUCUUGAUGCAUGUAAAUUGGGUGCAUUUUGUUGCCACUGUAUGUUAAAUGGUGACCAAUGUUUCUACAAAAGAAUUGAACAAGAAAAAUCUUUUAAGAAA